UCCAAGAAGUACCUUCAAACUAUUUGUCUUUUAAUAAUUAUACUUGUAGUAGUGAUAAGUGAAUUUUUAUUACUUGACUAGUUUCUAUAACUAUUGAAGUGUUUGCUGCUUAAGUGCGGAAAAUUUAAUUAAAGUGCGUGAAAAACCUCACAAAAGUUAAACUGUUACUUAAAUGGUGCAGCGAGAUUGAGCAUCCUUGUUACAGUUCCGUCGGGACUUAACAGUGGGGUGGUUGGUGAGAUUUCAACCGACUCAGGUGAAUCAACUUGACUACAGCAGAGACACCUGUCACUGUUCCCUUGAGGUCGUACACUCGUGAGAGAAAUGAAAAUAGUGAACGUAAUUGGAUGUCGUCCUCGUAUUUCACCGACAUUUUCGUUUCACGGCCUGAACAUUUUCACGGUUAAAUUCAUUUCGUGUUUCGUACAAAGCGGACAGGAACUGAAAGGUGGACUGGAACUAUGUGUUUAUUACGAGUCAUAAAGGACUUAAAGUUGAUUAACGAACAAUGAACUCACUCAGGAAAUCGUUUGGACUGAAGAUGCUGCUAAGCUGGGCGACAUUCUUCGUGGAUUUGACAGUAGCUGGCGCGACUGUGUCAAUGUCAGUAUCGUCUCCAAGUUUUAGCGGUCCAAUUCAGAACGUGACCGUUCCCGUGGGACGAGAAGCAAUCUUGAAUUGCACUGUCACAGAUUUAGGAGAAUAUAAGGUCGGCUGGAUGAAGGCAGAUGACCAGACCAUCCUAAGCCUAGACUCUAGAGUAAUAACUCACAAUCCUAGAAUUAGUGUGUCCCACGACGAAAAGCUUCAUACGUGGCAGCUACGAAUACGACAACUUAAAGACUCAGAUGCGGGGUGUUACAUGUGCCAAAUUAAUACAAAUUCGAUGAAGAAGCGAUUAGGCUGCAUAGAUGUACAGGUUCCACCGAAUAUAGACGACAGCCUGACGAGCGGUGACAUUACAGUGCAGGAAGGGGAGAAUGUCACCCUCAGUUGCAAAGCUGCCGGUAAUCCUCCGCCCCGAAUCAUUUGGCGCCGCGAGGAUGGCGCUAAGCUCAUGCUGAGACGCAAUUCUUACAAGGUUUAUAAAGUGGACAAUAUUCACGGCAUGCAACUCAUUUUGGAAAGAGCUCAGAGACAGCAAAUGGGAGCGUACCUUUGUAUAGCCAGUAACGAUGUUCCACCGGCUGUCAGCAAACGUAUCAUGCUAGGAGUUGAAUUUCCCCCUUCUGUUAGGGUGGGUACAGAUAUAUUGGGUGUUCUAGAAGACACUGAAGUCGAAAUGGCUUGCAAUAUUGAAGCGUAUCCCUUACCGGUUACGCUUUGGAUAAAAAAUCAGCAGGAAAUACUGGUUCAGAGUUCCAAGUUUUCUAUUGUGGAAAUAACGGACGGCUACAGAGUAAGAAAUACACUUACAAUUCACAAAGUAUCUCCAUCAGAUGCUGGCGACUACACCUGCACAUCGAGAAACUCAUUAGGGAAAGCGAACGCUACAUUUAAAUUAUACGAAGUAAUAACCACAACAACCACGACAACAGAAUCAACAACAACCGAAUUGAUUACUACAACAGAAACAGAGAGGACUACAACGAAUCCUACAUAUCAGACAACUACGUCAAAAUCUACGACGAUUGUGUUGGAAGCAUUGGUGGAGCAUCCAUUGUUCCGGUAUCUUCCGAGCGAAGAGCAGACCACGAAAGCGCCAUCGGUAUUCUCCGUGAGAUCGUCGAGCGUCGCUUCGGGUACAGUUUCGCCUUCAACGUUUCUGCUUCAAGUGCUUCUGUUAUCGUCGUUCUCCCCACUCUUUUCCACGUGACAGCUGAUAAAUGGCUAAGAUUAUACCCCCUUCUGUGCAUAUGUAUGUUUUCCGGAAAUAAAUUACUAUGGAAAUAGAUUUGCUUGCUGGCGUUUCUUUCCGUUUCCGGGUCAUAUUCUGUCCGCAAAUGUGGCCCGCGGAACGAUUUACGGCACCAGAGUUGACAGAGCGCUACUACAACCGGUAAAUACGACUAGACUGAAAUUGGGCCCUAUGUGUAUGAACAUGUUUAGAGUUAGGUUCUGAAAU